GCCGGCCACGCAGUUCAAGGCCAUGAGGUUCCGCGUCAACGCCAUCAUCGCCCAGCUGCGCAGCGGCCAGCGCAUCAAGAAGCUUCUUUGCGGCGUCCUGGAGUCAGGGGACAGACGUCCCAUGGCCCUAAUCGACAUGCGAGUCGCCGGGGAGACAUUUGUGGAGGGCAAGGCGAGACAGCUGCUUGCUAUGCUGACAGUAGCUCAGGCAAGUGAGGAGACCAAGCCUUUGGAGUUGGGAAAGGAGGCCUGUAGCUGCGGUCUGGCUGCCAUGGCCAGCUUCCGCCAACGCCAGGAAGCUGCAGCUGGCGGCGGCCUGGCGAGUCCCAAGCCCUUCAAGACCAGGCUUUGGGUGGGCACGCCACAGUGGGUCCAUCAGCAUGCAGACUUCGACCUCAAGGGUGUCGAUGCCCGGCUGUCGGGUUCUUUUUUUCUGAAGAAGGGCCAGAGGUUUGAAUACUACAACUCACACACCCGUCGGGACGUACUGGGCGAGGAGCGGAUGAAGACCGAGGAAAUCUUGGCAGCCACGGAUUGCCAGCUCCUCUUGGCCAUGGCACACCUAAGCAAUGAGCGCGAAGAGGAGCUCAUGAGCCGUUUUCCAAAGGCUCAGCCAGUCAGCCACGUCGGAGUCCUUGUUCCCACGUUAAGGCAGUGUUUCCACUACUUCAAGGGCGACAAGGAUGCCAAGCUCUUUUGGGUGCUUGCAGAGGCAGAGAAAGAGGAUCCAGAACCUCUGGAAGGCGCCACCAUGAUCUUCUGUUCUUCUCCAGAGGCUGCUGAUUUGCUUCGCCUGAAGUUGGCAGAGGUGAAGGCGGACUACCUGCCACUCGCCCUCCACGAGGGAACUUCCCCGGAUGAGAAAGGUAGGAUUGCGCGAGAGUUUCGGGAGGGCACCUGCCAAAUCUUGCUUACUACUGACAUGGCCGCCAGGGGCUUAGAUUUUCCACGGGUCCGCCAUGUCAUUCUGUACGAUGCGCCCGUGGACGCAACAGCGUUUGUGCACAGCGCUGGCCGUACAGCGCGACGAGGGAGCUCAGGGCUCGUCACAUGCAUCAUUGAGAAGGGAGACGCAAUUCGCGAGCACGUGGACGGCAAGAUUUUCCAUGCACUGACCGACGGCCCUCAACUGACUUUUGCACAACGAGGGAAGACUGAGAUAAAGGCCGACGACAAGAACAAG